AUGGCACUUUCCACAAAUGGGCAGCAUGAUAUUGCUGAAGUAUUAGGGAAAAAGAAAACAGAAUGUUUGGACUUAAAAGAUUUGUUUUUAGUGGGUCAGCGAGCCGCCUACACAAGCGAAGACCGGCCGCUGGCCAUAAAAAAAAGAAAAAAAAGCAGAAAAGAACCGACAAUGCAGUUGAUAAGGGGCCGAAAAAGAUUAAGAACUUUAAAAUUUAACGCAGUAAUAAGGAAAGAUCUUACCAAAGAUUUAGAAGCGGCAACAUGGACACCCAGAAUUCCAUUCAAUUUCCAAAACGUGGUAAAUCCGACUCCGAAAUGCAUCCUCCCCCGUCGCAAAGCAGUACCGCAUUUACGUAGUCGCUUUGAAUGGACAUUUUUAUUUGGAGAAUCCGAAAUCGACGCCUUCAGACGUCGCCGAAUAAACCCGCCACAGGAAUCCGAAAUCAACGAAGGUUCCAGGAACGGUUUCCAAGCCAUGGAGCAGGAAGACCAGGCUUACCCCUACGAGCUAGUGUCUGUAACGUAUGACGAGCUGAGGCAAAUGGCGAAGGAUAUGGGAAAAGGGGACCGAGAACGUGACGUGGAGGUAAUAGUGCAGUUUAUCCAAUUCAUUCUGCACUUGUGGCACGAACAACUACAAAGUCGCCCAGCCGAAGAAAGACAAGGGAUAAGAGCAAAACAAGCUCGGGCCACCUACACUCAAACCCAAGACUACCUUAUACCCCUGCUGAAAAAACUCAAGACACUCACCCUCCCUGUAGACAUUACCGAUAAUUUAAUAGAAAUUAUAGGUCACCUGCUAAACGCAAAUUACUCGAGGGCUAGAGGCGUUUAUUCACAAAUGGCAAUCGGUAACGGCCCUUGCAACUUCGUGAUGAACGACGUAACGAAGGGGAAGUAUAUUCAGGGAUUGAGAAGAUUAAUGGCCAAGUGUCAGGAGUACUACCCCACGGAUCCAUCAAGAUGCGCCGAAUACGCCCCAGAACGUGAUAAACUUCUUUAA